CUUGAUAGGCCCAUACUGUGGGGAAACUCAGUGCCAGGAUCUCAACAAUGCAGACGAUUCAGACAAGAGAAACCCAGGUCCCAGUGCUGAAGGAGAGCUUUUUCAGGACCACUUUCAAAGACAGGAGAAAAGGCAGCUUGGCAAGCAUGGUUAGGCACCAGCAGCAGCGACAGCAUCCUCAGCUGUGGGGGGAGACUGUCAUUGAGCAGGGGGGCUACCAAGAAUACGUCCGGGUGGGACGAUCCGCCAGCAGCCCGUCGUGCAGUGCGGUGGAGCUGGUGGGGGAGGGACUGGGAGAGAGAGUGCAGACGUCAGCAGCAUCAGCAGCACUGUUUGCCUCAGCGGAAGGCAAGCCGGGAUUACUGAGCAGGAUUGCGCACGGGGGCAGGGCACACAAUACCAUCGAGCAGAAUGGUCUCAUUGCCAAGGGGGUGCGUCUGCUGAGGACUAUGGGCAACCAGGAAGGGAGGCUGAAGAGGGGGGAGACUGGCGAUGAGGCUGAUGUACCGGGGGUGAGCAGGGAUGCGGAUAGCACUAAGAAAGGCUCCCAGAGCAAACGGCUGUCUGGUAAACAAGGGAAAGGAGGGGACACAAGCAAAAAGAAGGCCAAGUCGGACUCAAAGACAUCCGUGUUCUCAACCAUCCGGCUCCGUAAGAACCUGUCCAAAGCCAAAGGAUCCAAGGAGGAUGUUCUGGACACUCGAACCUCCCAGCAUCCAGGGCAGGAAUGUGCUGUGCCAGUCCAGAUUGAAGCCCCAGACAGCAGCUUCUCGGCAGAUGAGUUGGGACUGUCGGACACCGAAGUAAAGCGUUUCCACUUUACAGCUGACAGUCGGCAGUCAACUGUAGAGACACAAGAUGGAUGCAGGACAAGUUCGGGCUCUGACACGGACAUGUACAGCUUCCACUCAGCUACAGAACAGGAGGAUCUGCUGUCUGACAUCCAGCAAACCAUUAAGCUUCAACAGGGGCUUAUCAUAUCAACGGCUGUGGACAAACCAUGGAGUGAAGGGAAAACCGCCAUCAUAACUGGGCAACCCACUCUUCAAGGGGAGGCCUUGGCCCAGGAAUGCAGUGUGACAACGGAUAUCAACUUCUCCCUGGCCAGAUCAAAUCAGGAAAACAAGCCUGUCAGCAGUGAGCAGGACCACACUGAGAAGUCAAACAAAUCUGAUGUAGCCCUCUGUCAUGCGUCUGCCACAAUAGAGCAGCAACCAUUCACCGUCGGAGCUGAUGGGAAAUCCAAGGGCCCAGUUAACCAGACAAUCAGUGAAAACAGCUUUACCCCAUCCUUCGAGAGCGUAGAGGAGCCGUCAGAGGAAAUGAAUGGUGAAGACCUUUCUUCCGACUUGACAGGAACCUCUUUUGACUUAAUGAAGAGCUAUGGGGCCCACCUGGAUCAACAGACUAAGAGUCAGGGUGAAGAGAGAAAGGGUCAUGAAAGAAGGACAAGUUUUGAAAACGGAGCAGUGAAAAGUGAAGCAGAAGCCACAGACUCACUGGAGUGCAUCAGCAGCAUGGAUCUGGAUUCAGAGGAUGACUUGACAAGCAGAAGGGGAAGUAAUCUGUGUUUCUGUCAGGAGCCACCAGAAAGCCCCAGGCCAGCUCGGGUACAGAGGUCCUCUUUGACUUUAGUCAAGCCAUAUCCUCCCAUUCACCCAUCCUAUGUCAAUACCACCAGCCGGCAGCUGAGCUUCCCGGGCCAUUCUGGCAUCGCACUGCCAAACCAGAGCCCUCUGUCCUACUGGGCCGAGGGUCGUCAAGUGAGGAGGCAGAGGUCCUGCAGUACGGCUGGUCUCCUUGGAUGCUCUGAGCUAGACAGGGUCCGGCUGGGGAAGGCCGACUCAGCCCACUACCUAAAGGAUGAGAUCUCUGAGGAUGGACUGCGAACUGACAGGAAGCUGCUGGGCUGGAGGUCCUCCUGUGCGCAGGUCUCUUCCUGCAGUUUCCAGGAUGUCUUCUCUGGGCGCACCCUUUUGGAGAAGUUCUUCAGGGAGCAGGAGGGCACGAAGGGCGAGGAGGCAGAGAAGCUGUGCUCCCGUAUUUUGGCCAUGGGGCUUCUGCUACCCUUCGGCGACUGCUUCCGUGACCAGCACACUGACAGUAACUCACAAGCUAUGCCUGAGUUUAAUCAAGACCAGCUAUACACCUGGGCAGCAGUCAGCCAGCCGCCCCACUCCCUUGAACACCCUAACAGUCUGGUUCCUGGCCGUGUCCAGCCUGAGUGGUCCCCGAAGAAGGCUGGGGAGCAGGAGCAAACGCUGAAAAAUGACAACACAGAGGCUGGGCAUCUGCUGCUUCCUGGAAUGAAGAGCCAGCAGGACAAUGAAGAUCAAGAGCAGCAGGAGGAACUUGUGUCGAAGACCGUUAACCUGAAGCAGGAGCAUGUUAGUGUGAUUCACCAGCUGGAGCAAACCAUCGAGGAUUUGAGGACCAAGAUAGCAGAGCUGGAGAAGCAGCAUGUGUCAGUGGAAGGUGAAGACCACAGCGGAAAGGAGCUGGAGCAGAGAGAUGUCUGCAACGCUGACCAGCAGACUGAGGACAGGGUGAUGAUGGGACACCUGGAGGCCAAAUCGGCACAGACGUCACCUGUGGAGGAGAGGUUUCAGCCCAACGAGUUUGACUCCUCCCUGCCCCAGGUCCCUAUGACAGUGACCCCCAAGGCAGAGCCUCAUUUCAUAUGUAUGUGCCAACAGCAGCAGAGUGGGAUUCAGCCACCACCCCCUCCCCCACCUUUACCUGUCUUACCCAGAGCUCCGCCUCCACCUCCACCCCCACCCCCUUUACCUGGCCAAUCAGCAUCUCUGGUGCCAGGUACUAUGGUACCACCAACACCCCCUCCUCUGCCUCUUCCUAGCUCUGAUAUGCCACCAGCUCCACUGCUUCCUCAACUGCCAGGCUCUGGACCCCCACCUCCACCUCCUCUUCCUGGGAUGAUACCCCCUCCUCCACCUCCUCUCCCUGGGAGGGGACCCCCUCCUCCACCUCCUCUUCCUGGCAUGGAACCCCCUCCUCCACCUCCUCUCCCUGGGAUGGGACCCUCUCCUCCACUUCCUCUUCCUGGCAUGGGACCCCCUCCUCCACCUCCUCUUCCUGGGAUGGGACCCCCUCCUCCACCUCCUCUCCCUGGGAUGGGACCCCCACCUCCACCUCCUCUUCCUGGGAUGGGACCCCCUCCUCCACCUCCUCUCCCUGGGAUGGGACCCCCACCUCCACCUCCUCUUCCUGAAAUGGGACCACCACUGCAAUCUGCUGGAUCAGGGCCUCCACCACCUCCUCCACCACCAGGAAUGGGACCUCCACCUCCACCCUUGCCUCUCCCACCAGGAUUUGGGGAGCUACCAGCAUCCUUUGGAUCCCUUCCACCACCCCUGCCAGCAGGCUUGUAUGCACUGGGUUUGGCACAGGAGAAAAAGCCCCAAAAAGCUGCCAUUGAACCCCCCCGCCCCAUGAAGCCACUAUACUGGACCAGGAUACAACUGCAUGCGAAAAAGGAAGCAAGUGGAUCCCUGGUUUGGGAGAUGGUCGAGGAGCCAUCGGUGGACUUUGAUGAGUUUAUAGAGCUGUUUUCUAAAACCACAGUGAAAGAGAAGAAGAAGCCCCUCUCAGACACCAUCACAAAAUCAAAAGCACAACAGGUGGUGAAGCUGCUGAACAACAAGCGGUCACAGGCUGUGGGGAUUCUUAUGUCCAGCCUUCACCUGGACAUGAAGGACAUCCAACAUGCUAUCUUGAACCUGGACAACACCGUCGUGGACCUGGAAACCCUGCAAGCCCUCUAUGAAAAUAGAGCCCAAGAAGAUGAGAUGGAUAAAAUUGAAAAACACAUAAAGUCAUCAAAAGAAAAGGAAAAUGCAAAGCCAUUGGACAAACCUGAACAAUUCCUAUUCCAGUUGUCCCAAAUCCCCAACUUCUCGGGAAGAGUAUUCUGCAUCCUCUUUCAAUCAUCCUUUGCAGAAUGCAUGUCCUUAGUCUUUCGCAAGCUUGAAAUCCUUCAGAAAGUUUGUACGACUCUCCAGAGCAGCUCGGGGGUGCGGCAGGUUUUGGGCCUGAUUCUUGCCUUUGGGAACUUUAUGAAUGGAGGGAACAGAACCAGAGGGCAAGCUGAUGGCUUCACUCUGGACAUCCUCCCCAAGCUAAAAGAUGUGAAAAGCAGUGAUAACACACAGAGCCUUUUGUUAUACAUCGUUGCUUACUAUUUGAGGCACUUUGAUGAGGACUCAGACAAGGAGACCUCUCUGUACCCCCUCCCAGAACCACAGGACCUCUUUCACGCAUCACAGAUCAAGUUUGAGGACAUUCAGAAGGACCUACGAAAGCUACGGAAGGACCUCAAUGCUUGCACACUGGAGAUGGAGAAGGUAUGCUGCACCUCCUCUGAGGAACACCUCCAGCCUUUCAAAGACAAAAUGGACAAAUUCCUCUGUAAAGCAAAAACUGAACUGGAAGCUCAGGAAACACGGUUGAGUGAAACUCAGAAAACUUUCUUGGAGCUAACCGUUUUCUUCUCCGUCAAACCCAAGGCAGGAGAGAAAGAAGUCUCGCCCAAUGCAUUUUUCUCCGUCUGGCAUGAGUUCUCCACAGACUUCAAAGACUUGUGGAAGAAAGAAAACAAAGCCAUCGUACAGGAAAGGCUGAAAAUGGCAGAGGAGAGCUUCAAACAAGCCCGAGAAAAGGCUACAUACAGUGUCAAACCCAAACAUGCUACUGGAAUAAAAGCAAAACUGGCCCCGAAGAUCUAAAUGACCUUAACUGUGACAUUUAUUUUUUCUGUCCAAGAGAGAUUAACAUAGAAAAUAUGACAUAAGUUAAAGAAUGGCAUGCACAUUUUAAUUUACUUUCUUUGAGUUUUCUUAAGGUUUCUUUUCUUUUUUAUUGUUUUCCAAUGAUGAAAAUAUGUUGCAUGCCACCCGAAGAACUUGUUUGAUGGGUGAAAAAAAGUGAGUGAGAAAGUGAAGAACCAAUAUCCAAUUGCAAGUUCUCCCUCUUUGGAUCAACAGCAUAAGUGUGUCAGAAGAACAGAAACACAUGGCUCCUCCAUCUAAUCCAGCCUUACUGUGUUAACAGUCCUACCUUGUGUCACAAUCACCAAAAUACAUUUUGUUGAAAGUGUAGUUAAACAUAUUGCAGACACAUAAAAGAGUGCAUGUACAGAUCUGUUAAAGUUGUGUAUUUGUAUUUCAAAGGAAAAGACCAAACACAAUACUGUACUAAAAAGCACAAAAAUGUAUGGAAAAGAUUAGACUCACAAAUAUUUAAAAUAAUAUACCUCAUAUCUCAAAGCCAUAUAUCACUAUCAUAGAUAUUCCAUCUUUCCACAUUUCCCCAUCAGUACAAUUUGUUGUCUGAUUUUAUUUACUACUAUGCAAUUUAUAUUGAUUAGUUCGUUUCAGGGUUGUGGAGAUACUAGAGUCUUCUCUUAUUUUCCCUCAUAUGUUGUAAGUGCCUUGCCUUCAAGAACUUUCCAUGAACUCCAUAGGAGCCCCUGCAGGAGCAUCAAUGUCAUACUCACUACUAUAGCAGAGCAGUCAAGGCUGCCAAAAAACAAAUCAAAACCACAAUGCAGUUUCAGACAUUCAUAAAAUUUAUCUGAAAGGUGAGUCCCACAACAAUUCACUUUGGAAUGAAGAACAGGAUGAAUCAUACAGUAGUAGAAAUCAUAUCGUGGCUUUGUCAGCUCUACUGGGGAAACGUGUCACAUUGUUGAUUUAUGACAUCUUCUUUAUGAAGGACAGAAUAAUUAGUGAUGCUGGAAUUCCAGUAGAAGUGAAGCGCGAUGUGGUUGGUCAUGGGAAGUGAACCCAUAGCUGCUGAAUGGCAGGACCCCUCUGGUUCUGAAGAUCAACUCCAAGCAACGUAGAAUGCAUUGUAAUGCUUGAGUGCAAUACUAGGAUGAAUGGAUAAAAAUAUUUACAGAUUCUAUUCUAUAUUUUUAAUGUCAGUUAGUAUGAAAUGGUGAAGUAACUUAGUAUUUUUCCCCUCUCUACCAGCCUGCUGUUUUUGCACCAAUAUUACUUAACUGCAUGACUGCAGAAAGUUUAUUCCGAUGUACAAUAAAGCUGUGUUUCUAAGGGAUCUUUUGACUUUGAGAAAAAAAAAGGUAAUUUGUAUAAAAUAAAGACAUAAAU